AUGCAGAAUGAUUCAAGUGCCUCGUUGGCAAACCUGCAGCUCGCUGUCGGUAGGCUCAUCCCCUGUCGAGUUGCUGGAGUUGAGAUUGACAAGUAUGCGUUAGGUGCGGCAUACAAUAUAUUCAAUGAUCUCACUGCACUGACUGAGUACAUCACCGAGAACACCGAGCCGGGGCCUGGGCCUCUUCUCAACCUAGAAGAGAACGAACUACUGGAGAUGUGGAGUGAUCUGGCAGUAGAAGUCCAAAAGUUCAAGAAAUCAUAUCAGUGGCUGAGGUAUCGAGUUCAUGGGUCAGAUUGA